AGUCACGUGGAGGCGUCGGGAGCCUCGUCCAAACAGAUCGCGAGCUGUUAGCAGUCUGUCCGCCGCAGCGCCGCUCGGUGCUCCACCGCUUCAUGUUGUGUUCUCAGCCCCGCGUCCCCUACACGCCCAACACUCGCCUCGAAGAAUGAGCGACAACGACGACAUCGAGGUCGACAGUGACGAAGACUCACCGAGGUAUCACUGUGUGGCAGACAAACGGGCACACCACAAUGCGCUGGAGCGCAAGCGUAGGGAUCACAUCAAAGAUAGCUUCCACAGCCUGCGGGACUCUGUGCCCGCGCUCCAGGGCGAGAAGGUUGGUAACCCUCAAACGCAGUCGUCCAAACAGGCGUCUCGAGCUCAGAUCCUAGACAAAGCCACAGAGUACAUCCAGUACAUGAGGCGAAAAAAUCACACGCACCAGCAGGACAUCGACGACCUGAAGAGGCAGAAUGCUCUGCUAGAGCAGCAAGUGCGUGCUCUGGAGAAGGUGAAGGGCUCGGCCCAGCUCCAGGCCAGCUACUCCUCGUCCGACAGCAGCCUGUACACCAACCCCAAGGGCAGCGCCGUGUCGGCCUUCGACGGAGGCUCCGACUCCAGCUCCGAGUCGGAGCCGGAGGAGCCGCCCAACAGGAAGAAGCUGCGCGUGGAGGCCAGCUAGGAAGCCCACGACCCUGCACCCACCCGGCCCAGGUGGAGGUGGAGGAGCACAAGGGGGGGGGGCGAGAGCGAUCGCAGCCUUCGAAGCUCUCGAGGCUCAUCGAACCCUCCCCCCCCCACCCAACCCCCCAUCUCUCACGCCAACGACGACCACCGCCACCGCGCCCGGCCACUCCCCCCCCUCACUGACGUCUUCUCCACUCUCCUCCAUCUCUGGGUGGGUUCGCACUGGAGACUCGUGAGCCCCUGAAACCUCCUCACACCACCUCCCUCCCUCGCUCCCUCCCUCGCUCCCUCCCUCUCUCGCUCCACCCGGUCUCUGCGAACAGGAGAGAGGAAGCCAGCCGGGUGGAAGACGACUGCUUCAAUACAUGUAGAGAGCUUCAGGUUUUCUCCCCCCCUCUUCCCUCUCCCUCCCCCUUUCUCUCCCUCCCCCUCCCCCCCAUCUUCCCCUGGUUCUGCGUCAUUGGUAUUUCCCCUCUAGCGACGUCCGCAGUCCAAAACCCAAAAAAAGAGGCAGCUUGGCUACUUAAAGACUUGAUGCUUUUUUGUACCCUCAAUGAAGCCCCUCCUCCGACCCGGGGUUGUUUUGGGAGGGGGGGGAGCACCAGGUGUACUCCUCCAAGCACUGCUAUAUUAUAUAUUUUACUUUCUUUUUUUGUUCAUUUUUGUUCUUCUUGAUAAAAAAAAAAAAAAAAAACUUGUUUAGAAUCUACACACACACACACACACACACACACACACAUACACAACACACACACCUAGAUAAAUGGUCCUGGAGAAGUUUACCUUUUUUUUUUUUUUUUAAAUAAAACUGGAAGAAAAAAAAAACACAACCAAUUUGUAGCUUAAUUAUUUUCCACUAAAGAUUGUGAAGGUGCUUCGAUGUUUAAUGAAACCCACCUCAGGCCCGGCAACGUUCCGCUAACACAAAAAAAAAUUCUGAAAAAUAGACAACGUGACAAUAUUGAUGUUUUGCAGGAGAAUCUUCCUGAACCUGUAUCGUACUUCGUCCUUUAGCUUGAGGUAGUGAAUGACUUUAGGUGGCUGAAUACGUUUGGCAUCUCGUUUUAUAUAUUAUAAUUAUUAUACAAAAAAAAUCAACGCUUUGAUUGGAUGUUUUUUCGACUUGGAGAACAAUAAUUAAAUAUGUUUAUGCAUUUUGUAGUAAUCUCACGAGUCAUUGGGGUAAAAAAAAAAUUGUAUAGCCAAUUUGUCACAUGUAGUUUUUCCUUAAGGGUUUGAAAUAGGUCUUGAGUGUCAGAAGGUAGCUCCCGUCCGGCGCAGUACCAGGAAGCGGAAUCGGUCCCAGUCGAUGUGUUGUGCUUUACACGGUAAAAUCAAUGUUGCUGAAUCUCCCCCCCACCCCCUUCCCUCCCCCCCGAGACAUAAGGAAGCAUUUUGCGUGUCUAGGAAACGUGUGUGUCUGUAUAUUGUUUUCCAUUUUAUUUCCAGUUAGGAGGAUAUCAUUAGUGUAAAAGGUCUUUUGUUUGUCCGAUUCCAUUCCAUGGAAAUUACAAGUAUGUUGUACAUACUGCCAACAAUUGUCUUGCGAGUUGAGGCCUACCUUUACUAUGAGACUAUAAAAUAAACUAUUUUAUCCUUUAA